UCGUGGGCAUUAUUUGUUUGAAAAGAUUCGUGAAUUUCUAAUCAAAUUGAAAGCUUUAGAAUCCAAUUUUGGGUUUAAUGGUUGGUUUAAGCUUGUUGCCCACCAAGUAUUUGUUAUAAGUCCUUACUGGGUCAAAGCAUGAUAAGUCGAAUGCUUUUACCUGCACAAUGAAAAAAAUUCAAUCUUGUUGUCCCUUUUUUGGCGCACUUCACUUUAACAUCUGAGUGUUUGGUUUGUUAUAUAUUCCUACCUCAAACUCAAACUGAUGUUACUCAAUUGAAAUCACUGGUGAAUGUCUAUGUUACCAGUGGGUUUAAAGUAUGUUUUUGCUUGGGAAUUCUAUGUGAGUUUGAGUAGGCCUUGUGAUUUAUGUGCAGAAAAUGAACCUUACAGCAACUAAAGAAGCUGAUGAAGUAAUGGAGAGGCAUAUCGAAGAUUCUCUUGCGAUAUUGCCUCCUAUAAAGACUUGUUACAACUUACAUUCCAGUGAUUUGUUUGAUCACAUCAAUUUAAUCGAUGUUGGAAGCGGGGCUGGUCUUCCUGGGUUGGUUCUAGCCAUUGCAUGCCCAGAUUGGAGAGUUACUCUACUGGAGUCUAUAAAUAAGCGAUGUGUUUUCUUGGAGCACGUUGUGAAUGUUACCGGGCUUACAAAUGUUACAAUCGUUAGGGGCAGAGCAGAGAGUUGUGGGCACGAUGUUAUGUACAGAGAGAAGUUUGAUGUGGCUAUUGCAAGAGCUGUCGCGGAGAUGAGAGUCUUAGCUGAAUAUUGUCUUCCUCUGGUUCGGAUUGGUGGAUUGUUUGUAGCUGCUAAGGGUCAUGACCCAAAGGAGGAAGUUCAAAAUGCAGAAAAUGCUGUUCGCUUGUUGGGUGGUUCAAUACUACAAAUUAGUCCAGUGGAUUCACAUAGCCCAUACGGACAGCGGACAACGGUUGUUUGUCGUAAAGAUCAUUCCACCCCACAAAAAUAUCCACGUGAAGCAGGUACUCCUGCUAAAUUACCGUUGUAAAUAAUGUCCAAACCCUUCCAUGUAACAUUGAUCUGUAAGAGAUUGAAAAGAAUAUUAUAUCACUUCUCUUGGAGUUCACUUUGAAUAUUUUUUAUAAUUAGUAUUGAUUCUUUUCAUAUUACGAUGAUGCCAUCUGUUG